AUGCUUAUGUACCCACGUAAGGGUCUCAUCACCGAUCCAUACAACUCUGAGGACAUCAUCAUACAAGACGACCAAUACCCACCCGAGUUCUAUACCGAGACCGCCUUGAACUGCUCGCAAGACCGUCUGCAAUCACCCUUCCAGUGUCACCCAACUGUACAGCUCUCUCCACCUUCUUCCACACCCUCCUCACCUGCUCUCUCCUCGCCAACCUUUUCGAUUCCCUACCCACAAACGUCCGACUCUCAAUCGUUCGGGGCUCCUUCGAUGACCCCCGCCUCUUCAUAUAACCCGUCGUACGACAUUCAGGGUUCAGAUUCGCCUUCUCACUACUUGCCUCACUACCCUCAGCAAUACUAUACCCCAAUGUUGGCUCAACAACCUCUUCCCAGCAACCAGGCCUGGGACAGCAACUUGCAGUUGCUGAGCCCCGCGCGCAUUCCCUACGCCGGUGUGCAGAAGAGAUCAUCACCUUCAAUCGCAUCACGAUCAAUGCCUUCUGGCUACCAUCGCCGGUCGACCAGCUCUAACAAGCCAUUGCCUACCCCGGUGCAAACCCCGCUCCAGAACUCUUUCCUUGCGACACCCUUCCAGAACUUCGACAUUUCAGCGCAGGAUGGUCACAGCGCCGACGCUGAAACGGCCAUGAGACGCGCAAUUAUGGACCAACAAAAGCAAUCAUCCCCUCAGCAGUUCCAGGGUGAUUAUUCUCUGGCCCCCUCGGUGUCAACCUUGAGCCAUAAUUCCCCUGUGACCCCACAGACGAGUCUCGACGAGCUCGACGACGCAUCGAAGUCGAUGAGCAAUGGUGAGAUUGGAAAUCCUGAAAUCGACCGGUGGAUGACACAAUACUUACAUUACGAUGCCACAGAAUAUAACAAUGGCAUGCCUAUGGGAGUUCCAAGGUUGGACAGGACGAUUUCCGAUAUUUACCAAGAUGAACUUUACAACCCCGCUGUCAUGGCCGCCCCCCAGGUGUCCAAACCUAUGGCACAGAACCAACUGAACCCGCGCAAUUUCAUUGCCGACCGUCUGAAUGCCGCCAAUCAGGGACACUUGUCUGCCGGUUCCCAAUCACCAGUCAACAGACGGGAUCGUUCGCCUUUCCGCCCCUCUUCUCCAUUCGCGGGAGAUAUGGGUAGCGAGGCACUCCAGCAGCCCCAGGCUACUAGCGUCCCUAUGUCGAAUGGAAUGAACAUGAACCAGAACACCACCGACAUCAAGACGAUGUCCCCGAAGGAUGCAGUUUUGGAUUUCCAGGAUGCAGAGGACCCAGCCAUGCCACCUCUGUUCCCCCCUGGCCUCCCCACCGGUCAGGCUGAUUUCAAUCUGGGCGAUGCGCUGGGUUUGCGACGCGACAGCGGCUCGAUGCGGGCGAUGGAAGCAUUCCCUCAGUACACCGCGGCCACUAUGUCGCAACCUCAUUUCGCAUUUGCUCAUCCCCAGAACCGCCAAACCAAUCUCUUGCAGCAAUCCUCCGACUUCCCAUCACUCCCUACUGUGGAAUCUACCGAGACUCCGCAAAUGCACAUUACGGAGAGCAUCCCUCGACCCGCCAACACCACUUCGGAUGCCGGCACCUAUACUUGCACCUACCACAACUGCGCCCACCGCUUCGACUCUCCUUCGAGAUUGCAGCGACACAAGCGCGAGGCCCACCGCCAAACUACGCCGGGCGGGCAUCUGAUUAGCCGCGACACCUCGAUUCGCAACUCCCAGGCCGGUCCUCACAAGUGCGAGCGCAUCAACCCUUCUACAGGCAAAGCAUGCAAUUCUAUCUUCUCCCGUCCCUACGAUCUUACGCGACACGAACAUACCAUUCACACCGCCGGGAAGCAGAAGGUGCGCUGCCACAUCUGUAACGAGGACAAGACCUUCAGCCGAAACGAUGCCCUAACAAGGCACAUGCGAGUGGUGCACCCUGAAAUUGAUUGGCCAGGCAAGCAGCGCAGACGGAGGGACUGA